CCUUUCAACCCUUGCAGGGGUAUCGAGUAGAUAAGGACAGCAUAGAAUAUCGGUUGCAAACACGGACACGAUGAACCCCGAAUUAGUUCGACCGAGCAUGUCUGGGGACCCCGCGAUGCGGCUCGACGGAGGGUCUGGUCAAUUCCUCGGUCCAUCCAGAAUUCGCCCGAGAUCUGACAUUCCUAAAGUCUCCACCUUCCGAUGCAAAGGACUUUUCAAACAAGUCUUGCGCUGAACGGCAAGCUUGUUUUUUGGCAAUCAAUGCUGCUUCAAUGGCCUAAUGUUUCUGUCCGGUGUCAAGCCGCCUUGAGCCUGACAGUUUCUGCCGCAACCCCCCACCGAGUCUACGGCGGCAGAGCUUGACUGCAUCGGUAUUCCGGCCGAGAGGUUGCGCUUGGAAACAGUAUUUAAACUUAUUUUAUCUUGUGUAAUGGCAAUUAGUGACGAGGGCUAGGAUCGCGGUUACUGGAAGCACUCGUCACGAUGAGCACCAACAGAGUAUACAAGCUCGAUGGCACCGGACGUCUACACGGGCGUAUCGCCAUUGUCACCGGCUCAUCUUCUGGUUUAGGCAGAGAGAUUGCUCUGGCCAUUGCUCGUGAGGGUGCGUCUGUUGUCUGCUCGGACUUGAGGGAGGCUGCACGUCCGGACGGGUUCGAGGAAGACAAGGAAAUACCCACGCAUGAAGUCAUCAAAAAUAAUGGUGGCAGAGCUGUUUUCAAGAAGUGCGACCUUAGUCAUACUUCGGAAAUUGUUGCCGUCAUACAAUUUGCGGUAGAGACAUGGGGUAAGCUAGAUAUCCUCGUCAACAAUGCUGGCUUAUGGAUGCCUCUACGCGACUUUGUAGAGGAGUCGGAGGAACAAUGGGAUGCUAUGUUUGCUAUCAAUGCAAAAGGUACUCGUACCGCUAUGCAAGAGGCUAUCAAACAAUACCUCCGUCAGCCAAUCGAUGAAAUCUCGGGCUCUCGAGGACGCAUUGUUAGUAUCUCAUCGGCUGCUGGUGGGCGUACAGCAAUUCGGCGUGAGGCUACUUACGCUGCGAGCAAAGCAGCUGUAGCUAUGUUGACUCAGAACGUGGCUCUCGAUCACGCCAAGGACUACAUUAAUAUCAAUGGAGUGUGUCCAGGUGUGGUCAAGAGCGGUGCGGCUGGUAUCAAUUUCCGCACUCCAGAGAUUAUCACUGAGAUGCGGAAAACCACACCCUGGCCCAGGUUAGGAGAACCGUCAGACAUAGCCAAAGCGGUCGUCUUCCUGUGUAGUGACGAUGCACAAUGGAUUACAGGGCAAAAUCUGGCGGUUGACGGCGGUUUCACGAUCGGAAUACCAUUGUAA